GAAAAAUUUUUCAAGGGAGUUUGUAAAUGAAAAGAAGAAAUUUUUUUCUCUAUUUACUUUUUUUUUUCUUUCUCUUUCUCUUCCUUCACAUUCUCAACUUUUAACAAUGGCCCCUACUGCUACUAUCAAGAAGUCCAAGUUCGUUAUUGACUGCUCUGCUCCUGCCAAUGACAAGAUCUUUGAUGUUGCUGCUUUCGAAAAGUAUCUUCAUGACCGUGUCAAGGUUGAAGGUCGUACCAACAACUUGGGUGAAGCUGUGACCAUUACUCGUUCUGAUAACAAGAUUGUUGUUGUUGCCAAUAUUGCCUUCUCUAAGCGUUAUCUCAAGUAUUUGACCAAGAAGUUUUUGAAGAAGAAUCAAAUCCGUGACUGGCUCCGUGUUAUCGCUACUGACAAGCAAACCUUUGAACUUCGUUACUUCAACAUUGCCAAUGAUGAAGAAGAAGCUGAUGAAGAAUAGAUUAGUAGUAUUCCAUUCCCUUCCUAUUUAUAGUCUAGUUUAGUUUAGUUUUUUUUUUUGUUGAUUCUUGUGUACAUAGUUAUUUUGUUUUUAUUUAAUCUUUUUUUUUUAUUGGGUGAGACGAGAACGAACCCGAUGGGCUAAAAAAAAAUAAAAAUUUUUGCUCACAAAUCACAAUCUCUGGGAUUAUUCGAACGACCUCCAGUACGAUUAACGAUUAAUGAUGAUGAUGAUGAUGAUUUUAUAAUUGAUGAUGUUUAUUAUAGAUUGAACAACUUUAUUUACCCAGUUAUGAUUCAAAUUGGACCAAGAAGGUAUUGAACCAAAAAAGAAGCAAGAUACUCUGUUAUACUUUUGAUUUGUUAAAUCAAUUAGUAAAUAGAAGGUACCUAGAUUGUACCAAUAUGAUUACCAAAAAUGAAAAUGAAAAUGAAAAUGACUUUUAUAUUGAUUAUCAAUAAGUUUUUUGUUAAAAUGAG